AUGGGCCGCGACCUGAGAGUUGGCCUCAUUUCUCCGUACAGCUGCCACGUGUUCGGCGAUUCGCGUCCGGAGCAGUCUUCCAGUUUCUCCGACGUAGUUGCUUUGUCCGCAACUGCACCAGAUCCGGUAAACGACUCCAGAUGUUUCUUGCCGUGGCAGUGGGUCUCUUGGUCUCAUUACUUGACGCCUCAUGGUGGCCUCCGGCCUGUGCGCAACUGUGUGCGUAUCGGCAAUUUGUUUGGGCGCGACGCGCUCCGAUCGGCCCGACGAUGGGAAACUUUCGCCUUUCGAGAGGCCUCUACUUACGCGCAGAUCCGGUUUCUGCACAGGUGUCUCGAUAACAACGUGUUGCCGAAGUGUGUUUCAUGCAAACCUCCGGUAAACACGGAGCUAGCGAGACGCGCAGUAUUUCAGCACGGAAGACGUAUGAUGCGCGUGCUCCUUCAAGAUUGCCAUGCGAGACUUCGCAAAUACCGUCAGAGAAUUGACCAAGAGAAGGCCAGAUGCUGCGAGUUCAUGGGCGAGAACGGCACAAAUCUGCUUCAGCAGAAAUUGACUGAACGAGCCCGCGAGCAGAGAGCGACACGCGAUGCAGCACUGGGGAACAAAUUCCACAAACUGCCUGAUCCAACGUCAUCCAGAGGCGGCACACUGGUACACAACCUGUCGUUAAAGGAACUGACGAAGGAGCAAGUACAGGUUUUACGGCACGAAGCCUCAUUCAACACAGCUGACGCCAAACCUAUCAACAUGAUUGCAGCAGUGGAAUCGGUCAUUAAUCUGACGGAAGCGGCGGAGGAGACGAAGAACCUUAUCCGACACCAAGUUUCGUCCCUCCUUAUGACUCAAAAGCCGCGCGAAAAACUCACAAAGGUCCAACGCGAUGCACUAAGAGAACUCAAGGCCGACAAGGACAUUGUCAUUGUGCCCCCGGACAAGGGGAGUUCCACCGUCGUACUGGACAGAACAGACUACUUUCAGAAGGCCAAAAACCUACUGGAGGAUCGCCAGUUCUAUGUUCCAUGUGAAACCAACCCCGUAAAAACGCUGACAUGCGAAAUUAAUGCAACACUGUUGGGACUGGAUAAGUCGGAUGCAAUAACACCGACCGACCGACGCAUGGCGGGAGCCCAAGAAACGGCCUUGGCCCGAUUCUAUGGUCUUCCAAAGGUGCACAAGGAGGGCGCUACUCUCCGGCCCAUUCUAUCGCUCCAAGGCACUCCAACGUACGGACUGGCAAAAUGGCUGUUUCGGCGCCUCAAAUUUCUGACCGCGGAUUCGGACACCACUGUCUGUUCGUCAACGCAAUUCCUGGAGAAGCUUAAAGAAGUAAGUCUUUUGCCAAAUGAGGUCAUGGUAUCUUUUGAUGUCACGUCCCUCUUUACUUCUAUCCCCCAGGAUCUGGCAAUCGAGACCGUCCAGCUACUCCUACGAAACAAAUACGAUGAAACGGAGAAUCGUCUCGGACACGCCCAAGUCCUUCAGCUCCUAAGGUUCUGUCUCAAGACGUACUUCACGUUUGACGGAACAAUCUACGAGCAAGUGAAGGGAACACCAAUGGGCUCGCCGAUUUUGGGAUUCAUCGCCGAGGCGGUCCUACAGCGGUUGGAGUCGCUGGUCUUCCAACACCAACAGACCGGAAUUCUGGGCUCGGUAUUUGGACGAUACCUUCGUCGUCAUCGAACGGGACCAGGUGCUAACAUUCAAAGAACGCCUCAACAGCGUCUUCCCGGACAUACAAUUUACGAUGGAGGAGAAAGAGAAUAACCAGCUGGCAUUCUUUGAUUUUCUCGUCUGUCGCAAAGAUUGUGGUGGCCUAAAGACCAAAGUGUUCAGAAAAGCAACGAACACGACUCAAAUUCUGAACUUCAACAGUAACCACCCAAUCUGCCACAAACGCAGUUGCGUAGGAACGCUAUUUCGGCGUGUUGAGACGCACUGCAGUGAACCGGAAGACAAGGUUGCCGAAUCCCAAUAUCUUCGACGGGUUUUCCGAGAAAAUGGUUACCCGCGCAACUUCGUCAACCGGUGCCUGCGCAAACGAGACGAGCGACAAAAUCGCGCCGACCCCAAAUUCUGGCGAGCGAUCCCGUACAUCAAGAACGUCUCCGAGGCCGUUAGUCGCCUUCUUGCACCACUUGGGGUUGGAGUUGCGCACAGACCGGAGGCCACCAUGAGGCGUCAAGUAAUGAGACCAAGAGACCCACUGCCACGGCAAGAAACAUCUGGAGUCGUUUACCGGAUCUGGUGCGGUUGCGGACAAAGCAACUACGUCGGAGAAACUGGAAGACUGCUCCGGACGCGAAUCGCCGAACACGUGGCAGCUGUACGGAGAAAUGAGGCCAACUCUCAGGUCGCGGCCCAUUCGACGAGACCCGGCCACACAUUCAAGUUCGAUGAGGCCGAAAUUCUCGCGAGAGGGGAUAAUCGCGUGAGCCGCGAGUUGCUUGGGUCAUGGUUCACGGGGCCUCAGUCUAUCAACAAGUUCAACGACAUUCCCACUCCAUAUUCUGUGCUGAGGCAUAGACUGGCCAAAGCAAUUGGCCACUCGAGGAGCGCGCAAGCCGGUGAGCCAGAUGGCCGAGCAAUCAUCACGCCAGCAUCCAACACGGGUGAUGAGAUGUUAGCAAUUAACAACUUGCAUGCCGGCCAUCAAGCAAUUAGCGCACCAGCGGGCAACAAUUCUUGAUGAAGGGAGCACGGUUAAUUGCUGUAGGUAUGCGGUAGCAUGGCGACUGCAUCCAAUAAAUACAGCGACUUCCUGUACACGAGCCACCCUUUUCUGCAACUGUCUCUGAUGAUGGAUUCAAGUGAGAAUCCGAAACGUCAGGCAAAUAAAGCCAUUGUUCCGGCGAUCGCUUCUGGAAACAUGUAUGUUAAUCAAGUAGUCAUUUUUAUUAAGUACGGUCUCUACAGGCGACUGGAAACCUGUGUAUUCAAGAGCUGGCAUCCUGCCAAGUCCGAUAUAUUAUAGGAAUAUACCGUAUGGUAAUCAUUAUAACAACUGCGCCUAAGUAAUCCUUCCUAAUUUAAAACUCAUUUCAGAAUGUCAGCCAACACUUCAUGAGAUCGGCCACUCACUGUACUUUGUUGGCUGUUUAAUUUUUGCUGCCCUGCCCUUCUCUAUAUUACUGUUAUGGUCUACUGAUGAAUAAUCGAAAGCGUGCGUUUGGCGGACUUGACUUAUGCAAUAAUUUACCGUACAGGUAUUAGCUUAGAGCUCAGUCACGCGUGUUUCGCCAAUCUUAUGCCGCUGUCUGAUGCAGCUGCGAGGGUUUCGGCUCGUCAGUGGGUCCCCCAGCUUUCCCCAUGUGUUUUCUAGUGUACAAACUCCAGUUUUAACUUGUCUUAUUUAAUUUCUGAGAAAACCAAUGUGUGAACUUGGAGUAACUCUUUUGAUGCAGGUCUUUUCAGGCACGGUCCAAAGUCUGAUAUGAAUAUUUGAGCUGAAAUCCAUCAGCAACUGCGAAAUAACCGCUUAAUAUUCACAAACCGCCAACAGGCAGCCAGUAGUAUAGAAUUGUGCUCGGGAACCCAUUGACCAACCGAAACCCUCCCAGCUGCGUCAAGCGGCGGCAUAAGAUCGGCGAAACCCGCGUGUCUGGGCUUUUAUCAAAUACCUGUGUUGUUGGUACGGUAAAUCAUUGCACAAUUCUAUACUACUGGCUGCCUGUUGGCGGUUUGUAAAUAUUAAGCGGUUAUUCACCAGCUGCUGAUGGAUUUCAGCUCAAAUAUUCAUAUCAAACUUCGGACCGGACCUGAAUAGGUCUGUUUUGAAAGAGUUACUCUACGGUCGCGCAUUAGUUUCCUCGGAAAUUAAACAAGGACUUGACUUAUUUAUCUAAUUUUAUCAUUUGGUAGGAAAUUUGAUUAAAUUGCCUUUAAAAAUGAAAUUAGACGUUAUAAUUGCAGAAUUUCCAGAUAGCAGUUUUUACAAUCAAUAAAACGACUUCGCAUGGAGAGAUGAAAGCUUGAUAAUUCUUCCGUUUAUUCAGCUGUUUCCUCACAGUCCGUUAUCACCGCGGCGGUUUGAUUUUAGACUUGAAAUUCGCGGAGCGUAUCACAUCUCUUGGUGAAGGCUCGCUGUAGAAAAUCACGAAGAAUGGCGCCAGUAUCGAGGCGACCUUUAUGAUAGCGAAGAAUGUGCACAUCGUUAGGCGUUCUUUGGUCUCCGUCAAUUUGAAUAAACAGAGGGAUUUUGUUGCAUCUCCCAAACACCCCUUUGAAUCGUAGUUUUUCGCUAGGAAAAAUUGUCUUGAUGAUCGCAUCAGCGCCAUUCGACUUAAUGUAAUGCAAUGCAAUAUUAAAUUAAUAACGCGCUGCAGUAAUACCUACUGUUAGUUAAAAAAAAACGUCCUCGAUAUGAGCGCGAUUUGUCGUUUACUGUCUAUAUUGCGGGAAAAUCGCUAUUACAUAUUUCCAAGUGCAAAAAUGAACGACCAGACAGAAAAGGUCAGACUACGUAAUCAGUAAUUUAAACCUACUUUUUUGUCGAACAAGGUCCCUAAAAUACGAAGCCCCAAUUGUCGUAUUGAAGGUGUAAGAACCUUCACCAUACUAAUGCUCAUAAUGUCAGACUCGUCAUUUUUCUUACCUGUGCCACCCCGCAAGCCUAAUUUGUUAUGGAAGGUGAAACAGCAAACGCCUGUAUACAAGUAUGCCUCCGAUGUAACUGAAGGGCAUCAUAUUUGCGCAGAUACUACACGCAAAUCUAGGCAAGUCGAUUUUGCAAAAUGCACGCCCAAUACAGCUCAUGUUGUAUUUAACAUUGAUUGAGUGGUGUGUAUUUAGUAAAAAAAGCGUAUCAUAGCCCGUACUGGUAUUGGGAUCUAAGUGCUUGAGAUGGUUGCUUGAAUAAAACACAAAACACUACUGUCCUUUAAGAGAGCAGUAAGUGAUCAUCUCGGAAACUGGGUUUUUCAACUGUCCCCGUAAGUUUCCUUCGGCCAAAAAGCGCAGCUACUGAUGCCAAAUCGUGCGCCUUUUUAAAACAACACUUGAUUGUGUUGUAUCAUGCUUUGUGCUUUAGUUUACGGAGAUGUAUUUAUUUUUAAUAAAUGCCAACGUUAUUUUUUGAUUUCGCGUUCUAGUAAAUUAAUUUGUAACUUGCUUUCAGUGAACGAACGUGAUAAUAUGCAGGGAGGCCUUUUCAGUAGAACUGACAGUAAAUUUUAGAGUAGUUUGUAUGGCAACAAGCAAGUUAGACAAAUUAUAUGAUAUUUAAAUUGGCUGGCAAAAUUAUUAAUUGUAGAACAGGCAGAGACUCUUCCGGAAGAUUUCAACUUCCAACCUAAAUAUGAGGCGUGCAAUGAAGCCACAUAUUCAUCUUUCAUGUAGACUCAAGAAUCCCUUCAAUAAAUACCAUAAUACUAAAACUGAAGUCUGGCAAUAUGCCCAAAAUAGGGACGUCAGCUGAAAUCCCGUCCUCAGUCAUAUAAAUUUUGACAAUCGUAAAUCAAAAGAUCCCCUUUCUUAGAAUGUAUGCCGACGGAAAUUCAACCCUCUUUUUACUGUAAUCGGGCAAAUGGCGAACUAUUUAGAUGUCAAAAGGUGUACAUGAGACUUUAAAAAAUUCAGGCAAAUCUAAGAACCUACUGAAAUAACCCAAUGUAUUCUUAGAUGAUUUGGCAGUAGCUGACAUGAUAUUUUGUUUUCAGACUUCUCGCAAAUGACAUCUUCAGCAAGCACAUUCUGAAGCAGUAGACGAUGUGACCGCUCGUCAUUCAGAUAUAGUGAUUUCCCAUUUAACAACAGUGCAAUUUUCAUUUCAAUGACACUAUUGGGUAGGCCGUCGUCAUAUUGGGAACCUAAAACAGAACAAACGCGUAAAAGCAGUUAUGCACCUCAGAAUGAAAAACACUCGGGACAGUACCAGCAAAUCCCCGAAAGCAGAUGAGAAGUUAUAAAGAGGAUCGCCGGAGCAAGAACUUUAUUCGCCUGACGUUUCAGAUUCAUCCUCCAACCCAUCGUCCGAGACAGCAUCAGAUAUCGGUAAUUCAUGCAUCAGAGGUCCUACUAUUCAUAGUAAGAGGUCGCUAUGCUACCAGGUAAUAUCAAAAUUAACGACACUGUCCAUUAUCGUGGACGGUUGCCUUUGGCACUAUAGUUGCCUUAUGGCCGACAUUCGAUUAGAUAAGCACCCCAUUUUCAUCGCCCUUGUUGGAUGUUGGCGUCGCCAUUUUACACACCUACGCGGGAUCUCAAAGUUGUAUUUGUUUGCGCGCCCCCUGUGUGGUUAAUUACUCUGGCAAGACUGCGUUUAAACACUGGAUAUGCAGAAGGGAGGACAUUCCACUCACUAGUGAAUUAGUGGCCAGUGAACCAUGACUCUUGUAUCUCGCGACCUGUGCGAAUAUCAUCUAUCGCAAGAAUUCCAGCCCUUUCAAGUUUUGAUACGUGGUUGGGUCCCAUCGAAUCAGUAGAAAUUGGGAGGCUGGCGUCAUUUCUCCUCACUUCUGCCGCGUGUUCAGUAUCCGAGUCUAGAGCAAUCCUCCAGUUUAUCCGACGUAGUUGCUUUAUUCGCCAGACAGAGUUCUAGAAUUAAAAUGGCUUCAAAGGAUGCUAAGAACAAAAUGGCUACCUGUGGGACUUAGUCAACCAGUGCAUACACGAACGAGACGAGAGUCCACAUCGCACUUACCUCAAAAACUCCGGCGAGCACUUUUAUGCGUCAAGAACGUUUCAGAUGUCAUCAGUCACCUCCUCGCACCACUUGGAUUUGGAAUUGCACACAGACCGGAAGCACCUAUCGGGCGACAGGCAGUUAAGCCAUAAGAUCCCCUGACAGGCGGCGUUUAUCGGAUCUGGUAUAGUUGCGGGCAAGGCAACUACGUCAGAGAAACUGAAAGACUGCUUCAAAUGCCUUACGAUAAUCAUAUUCUGAUGGAAAUUGUUGUACGGUCGCCACUUCACGUUGUUGACGGAUCACAAACCAUUGCUGUCAAUCUUCGGUUCGAAGAAGGGCAUUCCCGUCUACUCAGCCAGCCGACUUCAGCGAUGGGCAACCAUCCUUCUUGGCUACGAUUUCGACAUUCGCUACUGUCGUACUACAGACUUUGGUCAGGCUGACGCCCUUUCUCGCCUCAUCAGCAAUCAGCAGGAACCGGAGGAAGAUACCGUGAUUGCAGCUAUUUCGAUUGAGGACGGUGUGCGCCGUCAGCUAUCAGACGCCAUACGAGGUAUCCCCGUCACUGCCGCGGACAUCCGACGUGCUACUGAACAGGAUCCUGUCCUCCGCCAGGCCAUCACCUACGUGCAGACCUGCUGGCCAACCACUGCUCUCGCUGGCGAUCUUCGCCAGCUCUUCCUCCGCCGAGCAUCGCUAUCUGUGGUUGACUCCUGCCUCAUGUUUGCAGACCGUGUGGUGAUCCCAUCUUCCCUUCGACCCACUGUACUACGCCAUAUUCCAUGCGGCUCAUCCUGGUACCAGCCGAAUGAAGUCUAUUGCUCGCAGUUUUGCCUACUGGCCGGGUAUCGACGGCGACAUCGACGACCUGGUUCGACGCUGUUCUCGAUGUCAGCAAGCUGCCAAAAUGCCGCCUCGUCAACCUCCAAUACCCUGGCAACCACCGGAGAGGCCUUGGUCACGCGUGCAUAUCGACUUCGCUGGUCCACUUAACGGAGUCUCCUACCUAAUCUUGGUCGACGCCUACUCGAAGUGGCCCAAGAUUGCUCCGCUUAAUCCAGCGACCGCAUCUUCCACUAUCGCCUUCCUACGACGCAUCUUUAGCCAACAUGGCUUACCAGAAGUCCUGGUUUCAGAUAAUGGCUCUCAGUUUACUUCGUCGUCGUUUGAGGAUUUCUGCCGCCAACACAACAUCCAGCAUCUUUGCUCCCCGCCCUACCAUCCUCAGUCUAACGGUCAGGCGGAACGUUUUGUCGACACGUUUAAGAGAGCCCUCUUGAAAGCUCGUGGGGAGGGGACCACGGACGAGAUAGUCCAGGCAUUCCUGUUUUCCUACAGGACAACACCGAACCCGGCGUCCCCUGGUGGCGUUUCUCCUGCCGAAGCGUUGAUGGGCUGGAAACUGCGUACAACUUUUCAUGCCCUCGUCCCUACCGGUGCGCAGCCCGCGCAGACUUCUCCAGUUUCUCGCAGCAAGCUCUCCAUCGGAACACCUGUCUUUGUUCGUGAUUAUCGAGCGGGGUUCCCAGACUGGAUUGAAGCAACCGUAGUAUCGCACAGAGGCAGCAUAUUGUUUGACGUCGACGUUGGUGAUGAAAUCUGGGUUCGUCACCACAACCAGAUCCGACGGCGACAUUGCAGUAACACAACUGGGCUCGAUCCGGCGCCGUCACUCCCCCUUGACAUCCUACUGGAUAUCUUCGCCAUUCCGGCAGAUCGGUCGGUUCCUGAACCCACUGCUGCGCUUCCUUCGGAUGUACCGCCUUCGGUAUCAGUCACUGCCCCCGGGUCUCCAGACAACAAACCACAACUAAGACGCCGGACCAACCGCGUGCGCCGAUCAACACUGCCGAUGCAGAUCAAUCCACGUCAAAAGCGGUACUGA